GCAGUCUGCCGCCGACCGCCGUUGGAGGCGCGAGAGUUGAGUGUGCUUAGAGUACUAGUUCGUGAUGCGCUCGUGAGUGGCGGAUACGCUCGCGCCGAACAAACAGUGUGUGUGCUGUGCGGAGAGAUCGCAGUGCCGACGGACGUGUGCGCUAGUCGCGUCGUGCGGGUAUGAGCGGCGCGACCCCGACGAGCAACGGCGUGGCCGGGUCAGCGGGCCCGCGGGCCACGCCCGGCUCGUACAUGUACACGAGCAGCUCGGGCCUGCUGCGGUCGACGGGCGAGCGCGCGGUGGCGCGGGCCGUGCCGCCGCCCACGCUGCCCAAGUACGCGUCGGUGGGCGGCGUGGGCUCCGGCGCGGGCCAGCCCUCGUCCUUCCGUCUAGCCAGCCUCGACCGGCUGGCGCACCGGCAGCGCCUCUUCGACCAGCAGCAGCCGGCGCCGCCGCAGCCGCCGCAGGACGCGCCGGCCGCCUCGCAGCCGCAGCCGCUGCAGAGCAAGCGGGAGCUGUUCUUCAAGAAUGAGCUGCCGGUGACGUCUUCGUCCGGCCCCACGUCGCUGCCCAACAGCAUCAGCAACAACAGCGGCGGCGGGGGCGGCCCGACGCACAACGCGUCGACGCCGUCGCCCGCGGCUCCCGCCCCCGCGCCGAGCCCGCAGCCCGCGGCGCCGCCGCCGGCCGCCCCCGCCGCCGCCAAGGAGCUGCAGCUGCAGCGGCCGCCGCCGCCCCCGCAGCCCGACAACAAGGAGAGCUACGCGGCGGCGCGCGCCGAGCGCGACAAGGACAGCUGCGCCGCCAGCAAGACGGAGCGCGAGCGCGUGCCCGAGCGCCGCACCAAGGAGCUCGAUGGCUACGUCGGCUUCGCCAACCUGCCCAACCAGGUGUACCGCAAGGCCGUCAAGCGCGGCUUCGACUUCACGCUCAUGGUGGUCGGUGAAUCAGGCCUUGGGAAAUCGACCCUGAUAAACUCCAUGUUCCUGGCAGACAUCUACUCCAAUGAGUACCCGGGCCCUUCACAUAGGAUAAAAAAGACUGUUCAGGUGGAAACAAGUAAAGUGUUGCUCAAGGAGAAUGGUGUGAACCUGACUCUUACUGUAGUUGACACGCCUGGCUUUGGUGAUGCUGUCGACAACAGCAAUUGUUGGCAACCAGUUAUCGAUUACAUCGAAUCAAAAUACGAAGAAUAUUUGAAUGCGGAGUCUCGAGUAAAUCGAAAAACUCUUGUGGACAACAGAGUCCACUGCUGCCUUUAUUUUAUAGCCCCAUCAGGCCACGGACUCAAACCAUUAGAUGUUGAGUUCAUGCAGAGGCUGCAUGACAAAGUAAAUAUCAUUCCAGUGAUAGCAAAGUCUGAUACCAUGACACCUGACGAGUGUACACAUUUCAAAAAACAGAUCCUGAAUGAAAUAUCACAACAUAAAAUUAAAAUCUAUGAAUUCCCGGACCCAGAGGAUGAAGAGGAGUCAAAAGUAAAUAAAACAUUAAAAGACAGAGUUCCAUUUGCUGUUGUUGGAUCAAACACUGUCAUUGAAGUAGAUGGCAAGAAAUUGCGGGGUAGGAAGUACCCUUGGGGAAUAGCUGAAGUGGAAAACCUCGAGCACUGUGAUUUCAUUGCAUUACGAGACAUGCUCAUCCGUACACAUCUUCAGGACCUGAAAGAUGUCACCAACAAUGUUCACUAUGAGAACUUCAGGUGUAGAAAACUUGCUGGUCUUGGGAGUGAUGGAAAGCCAACAAGGAUAUCAAAUAAGAAUCCACUAGCUCAGAUGGAAGAAGAAAAACGAGAACAUGAAGCAAAAAUGAAGAAGAUGGAAAUAGAGAUGGAACAAGUGUUUGAAAUGAAAGUAAAAGAAAAGAAGCAGAAACUUAAGGACUCAGAAGCAGAGCUUCAGCGUCGGCAUGAACAAAUGAGGAAAACUUAUGAACAGCAAGUGAAAGAACUUGAGGAGAAAAGACGAGAAUUUGAAAAGGAGAAACAAAUGUGGGAGCAGACAAACAAUGUGUCUUUGGAGGAUCUCAGGAGGAGAAGUCUGGAGGCAAACUCAAAGGAGACAAUGGAUGGAAAAGACAAAAAUAAAAAGAAGAAAGGAUUGUUCUAGUAUUACAAGAACUAGCUACAGUCAGUGCUGGUUUCGUUCAUCACUUGUUUAAGGUUGUUGUAAAGCAGAAAAAAGAUUCACUGUUUAUUUAUUUAUACGUUGUCAGUGUGCAUAUUUUACCAUUUACGUCCUUUGGUAAUUUGUAAGAAAUUCCUUAAUCUGCCUUUCCUUUGUACAGUGUUCAAUGCAUGGUCACAACCUAUCAGAUAAAACUUUUAUUUCUUCUAUGAUCUCAUUUUACCUUCUUGCUUACUGUACAAACUACUUUAUUUUCACAAAGAACAGUGCCAGUUAAAGCAAUUUUUUAUCUCAUUAUCUUACAGAACAGGUGUACAUAUGUGUUGCGAUAAGACCAUGAAUGCCUGCAUUAAUAAAAUAACUAUAUAUUCAAAUUUAGUAAACUUUAAGACCUUCACUGGCAUUUAGGUUAUCAAAAAUAAUAAUAAUAUUAUGCAUAAUAAAGUGCAAAAUUUCUAAAAGUGAAACAAGUGAGACUGAACAGUAAUGCUAUAGUUACAUAUUUGUAGUUCCUUUAUAUAUGAGGGAUAUAUACUUUCCUAGAUGAAGGCAUUAGUAAUUUUCAAGUACCUCUUCAGUAAAUACACAAUUUUAUAAAUUGGUCUAGUACUGGUAUAUAAAUACCCUUUGGAGCAGUGAGACUGUAAGUAUAUUUGAAUUUCCUACAGCAGAUAACCUUCAUAAGCAGUGCUCCAUGUUGGAAAUACAGAUUAAACUUUCUGGGAGAUGAAUGGGUGGGUUAUGAUCGAUAUUUCCUUAUAUUCUCACUAACAUUUUAAAUGUUUUGAACAGCCAUCAAACUAAAGUGUCCCACUACAUUAUUUUAAAAAAUGCGCUUCAGAUUUCAGGUAAUUGAUGGGGAAACAGAGCUUUCAGGCCCUUUUGAGGCAUUCAGAAAAUUUGUAGUAUCUUUGUGGCUGUUCGACAUAUACAUUAAAAUCGUAAAUUGUGGUUCCAUUGUGACCACAUCAAGAUAGAUCAAAGAAGUUCUUAACGGACUGCAGAAUCUAUUCUCAGCCUUCCACCCAAAGAAUGAGAAAAUCCCUUCAGCUCUGUAUGUUGCACAUACUGAAACAUUAGACCUUGGCUGGUAUGAUUCCUAAUAAUUAUAGCUGAAUUCAAGAAAAUUGCAGGUUUAGGCCUCCUAUAGUAUCAUUUUUUCUGAGUUCAUUAAUGAAUGUGUUUGAGAACCUUUACAGUUGCAUAUUUUACAGAAAUAUCGAUACCAGAUUUGGCUGUUGUCACAGUUCUGUAGCAAGCAUAAUCACAUAAAGUCAGUUGACUGCAUAAUUGGUUGAGUACCACUGUGGACACUGUAUAGAUACGUGCCUCACCUGAAUCAGUAAUACUGUUUCACAUCUUCAUUGUGGUUUCUUCCAAGGAAACAGUGUUUCCUUAUUCAGUACACAGCUUUUUUGGCCACUGACUGUAACUAUUGCAUGGAAUUUGUCUCCUCAAGAAGAAAAUAGUGCUAUAUAUAUAAAUCUCUUCUCUCCGGUGUCAUAUUAUGGUAGAUACAUACUGACAUUUUGUACUUCAUCCUUCUAAAGUCUAACCAUCACUUACACACUCCUUAUUUAUGAAACUACAAGAAACUCUACCUUUAGAGCAUUCAAUAAGUAUGGAAUAUUGUAUUAGUAUUUCACUGAUUCUUGCCCAUCUCCUCCCCCGCCUUUUCCCUUUUCUUGAGAAAUAUUUAAUAUUUUACAAUGUUAUAAAGUAUUUGCAGUUCUUUUUUUGUUAUUAGUUAUUGCUCUAAAUGAGAACUUUAAACAAAUUUAUCUGUUCAUAUUAGUCAUUGCUUUGAUUUGCACUGUUCUGUAAUUUUCUUGUGCCAGUGUAUAUUAAAAUAUGUACAAAUUUGCUGUUGUCCAUGUUGGCUUAUAAGAAUUCAAACUACUGUCCAGUUGACAAUUUUGUAAUUAGAAGUCAGUUCUGUGUCAGGCAGGAAAUAAUUUACAACUACUUUUGUAUUUGCUUUCAUUUUGUACAUCCUGAGUACAAAUUUUCAAGCCAAUUGUAAUAUUACCUUUUAUGGAAAUAAAACCAUGGUUCUAAUUUUAAAUGUUGUGUGGUUUGCAGGUUGCAGAUAUUCUGUGCCAAAUGUUUCUCUGUGUCCAGUAAUUAGAACAUUUUCCCACAUGUCUAAUGAGAACUGCUUUGUAUGUCUCAGUGUGUGUCAAAGUGAUAUAAAUGUGGUUCAAAGCUUUUGGGACUUAUUUACACCGUUGUGUGUUCCAUUUGUGACAAUGUGUGGACCCAUGAAUAAGCUACGAAUUUCGAUUUAGUUUAGGUGGCAAUAGCUGAGACAAAAUAUUUUCGCCCAUUCCCUUUUUAAUGGAAUAUUGUUAUUCCGCAUGAAGUUUUAUAUAGUAAGAAAUAGGAUUUUUAUGAGACUAUGUAUAAAUUACAAGAUUGCAUAUAUUACUUUCACAUCACCAUUAAUAUGCUUUGUAUUGUAAUUUAACUGUAGAAUCACAAAAUUAUAUUAUAAUAUAUAAAAACGAAAUGUAUCAAUAAAUGAUAUUAUUUUUCAUCAUUUGCAACAAUAA